AUGAGCAUAUUGACAAAGAAAAUUGAUGAGAUGGGUACAAAACAGGUGCACAUUGUUGAUACAACAAAUGGGGGACUGUGUACACCUUGUAUUAAUCAGUCUUAUGUGUGUUCAUGGAGCAGAGAAGGCGAAAAUCAAGGGGAAAGGGAAGAUAUGAAUUAUGUCAACAACUAUGGGGGUCAGAGGCAAGGAGCACAUCAGUGGAGACCGCAGCAAAAUCAGCAGUACAUGCCUAAUAUGCAGCAGCCUGGGGGUAUGCACCCUCAAAACCAAUUGGUGCCAGUACCAUAUCAGAAACCACAGGGCUAUCCACAGCAAAAUCAGCAACAAUUGACAUACCAACCACCCCCUCAGCAGCAAGAUAACAACAUGGUGGAAAUCAGGGCUGGGUCAGCUGUCCAUGGCUUUGAACAACCGUCCUCAGGGAACUUUGCCUGCAGACACAAACAUAAACCCCAAGGACCAAAACCCGAAUCAGCUGAUGGCACCAGCAAGGACACUACACCAGCCACUCCAGUUCAAUUAGAGGUAGAGGAACCAACAGAACUUACUGAAGUGGUGGUUGAGCAGAGUCAGGAGGAAAAAGGCAAAGAAAAGAUGAAUGAGCAAGUUGCAGAACAGGUGGCACCUCUUGUGCCAGAAAAUUCUAACAGAGAGAAGCCAGCAAGCAAUGCACAAAGGGUGAUACUUGCACCCUUCCCUCAGAGACUGGUCGAACAAAAGAAGGUAGACCAAUAUAAAAAGUUCAUGGAGAUGCUGCGUCAAAUUCAGUUGAAUAUUCCUUUGAUGGAUGUCUUGAGGGAGAUGCCCGGUUACGCUAAGAUGAUGAAAGAUCUAAUGUCACGGAAGUUUGAUUUUCAGGAUCUAUCCACUGUAACUUUGACACAGACCUGCAGCGCAGUGGUGGUAAAACCGAUGGCUCAAAAGAUGUCGGACCCAGGUAGCUUUACUAUUGCAUGCACAAUUGGAAGUUAUUCCUUUGCAAAGGCAUUGUAUGAUUUGGGAGCCAACAUAAAUCUGAUGCCGCUAGCUGUGUACACCAAACUGGGCAUUUGUAAAGCUAGGCCAACUUCGAUGCUACUACAGCUAGCUGUCCGCACAGUGAAGAGGCCCACUGGUAUUCUUGAUGAUGUGUUGGUACAAGUGGGGAAAUUCGUGUUCCCUACAGACUUUGUUAUCUUGGAUUGUCAGGUGGAUGAGGAGAUACCCCUUAUUUUAGGGAGACCAUUUUUAGCCACAGGGAAAGCACUGAUCGACUGUGAAACUGGGGAAUUAAAAAUGAGAUUGAACGAUGAGGAAGUCAUAUUCAAUGUUCAGCAAUCUAUGAGGAGACCUAGUGAAUAUGCUAAUUGCUCUCUAGUGGAAGCAGUGGGUGUAAUCCUGCAAGAAGAUGAUAUGACCCUAACUGUAAAAGAUCCAUUGGAGACAUGUCUGACGAAUUUAGAAGAAAUGAAUGGUGAAGGGUUAGCUGAAUGGGUCAUGGCACUGGAAGACCAAUGA